CUGCGGCGCGUCCAACUUCCUGUCCAGCCCUGGCCGCCUCCUGAGGUGGCUGCUCUCCUGCCGAGCGGCGCCCAGAAGAGGAGGAGCAGGGAAGGCGUCCGGGGAGACCUUCUUGGCUUGCCGGAGGAGGCCGAGGCCAUGGCUUGGGCGGCGCCCUCGCUGCCCACCGAUAAAUCCCGGUUCAUCUGUAUAUACCCAGCCUACAUAAAUAACAAGAAGACCAUAGCAGAAGGAAGAAGAAUACCUCUUGACAAAGCAGUAGAAAAUCCAACAUCUACAGAAAUUCAAGAUGUAUGUGUGGCUGUUGGACUUAAUGUGCUUCUGGAGAAAAACAAAAUGUAUCCCAGGGAGUGGAACCGUGAUGCACAAUAUAGGGGUCGGGUGCGGAUUCAGCUCAAGCAGGAAGAUGGCAAUCCUUGUCAACCUCAGUUUCCAACACGUAAGGCAGUGAUGUUGUAUGCAGCAGAAACAAUCCCCAAACUAAAAACAAGGACACAGAAAAUGGGGGGAAGUGACCAAAGUCUACAGCAAGGCGAGGGAGGCAAAAAAGGUAAAGGAAAGAAGAAGAAAUGAAAAAGGCUAUCAGAAAUAUCAUAUAUGAAGAUUAACAUGGAUACGGAGCAAUAAAGACUUAUAAUGUAAAAGAUGGAACAACAAACAAGCUUUUGCAGCUGUUGUGUGGUAAUUUCUAGACUGGAAUGUAUUUAAACAUGCAUCUAAUUACAGUUGAUCCAUUUGUGAUCAUAUCUAGAAAUGUCUUUUUAGUACUUGCAACAAAUGGGAAAAUCUUGUUUGUAAUGUGGAAAAAUGCAUUUGAAAUGAAUGCAGCUCGUACUUUAGUAAAGCUGGAUGCCUCUUUGUGGCCCAGAUUAAUGUUGUUAACAGUGGGGUGGGUUAAUUCAGGGUUUGACAAGGCUGUUAAAACAUUUUUCCUUGUAUUAAAACACAACAAAAUAAUUUUUGAAUUAAACUGUUUUGAAGGAA